UAUAGGUGACAUCUGUCAAAGAUACUUUGCUGCAAACAUAAAGGUGAAAAUGUAAAUCAAUAAAUAAAGCAAUAGUAUGGCUGAAUACAAUUCUAAUCAAGUAUUAAGAGAAUGGGGCCCUUUACCCGAUUUGUUACAAAAGAUACCGCGCAAAGUUCACAGUGGAUUAUUGAGUCAAGAAGUAAAAAUAACAUGUAUAGAUGUUAUCCCUGAAUUUAUUGCUUUAGGUACAAAUAUUGGUUUAGUCUGUUGGUAUAAUAGGACAAAAAGGGAUUUACAAAAAUUACAAUGCGAUAGCCCUGUUCAAAUCACAGUGAUUAAAGUUAUAUCAACUGUUGAUUAUAUGUUAGCUUGUGGAACUACAUCAGGUACAAUAAACAUAUUUCAAAUACCAAAAAUUCAUCCGGAAUGUAUUCCGGAAAAUUUAAAACCAAAGAAACAACAAGUGGAACGCUACUUAGUAUCUGAUGUGCAUAAAUCGUCAAUUUCUACUUUAGAAUGGUCUAAAAAUGGGAUGAAAUUGUUUUCUGGUGAUUCAAAUGGUAUUGUUGUUUUAACUGAAUUAGAUUUUUACAUGCAUAUUUGUAAAUCAAUUGAAAUACUCAAUGAAAGUUAUGAGGUUGUCCAACUUAGUUAUUACCAACAAAAUUUGCUCAUAUCGACGACAUAUCGAAGUAUUAUUUGUCAGAAAUUGGAUAAAUGGAAAAUUACUCAAGUUGGAAAAAAAGGACGUAAACUGUUUGGAAAUUAUGGAGCAAUCAUUUACUCAGAUAACACAAAACCAAAUAAUUCUCAUAUUUAUUGUUCACGCCCUGGUCUUAGAAUAUGGAUCUCUGAUAUGCAAGGAAAUGUACAAAAAACUAUCCUUUUUAAAGAUGUGUUAAAGAAAAAAGAUGUUUAUGUAACAAGUAUGACCUCAAGUACAAGCAGUUUAUGUGAAGAUGAUUUAGCUUUUGGUACACUUUUAACAUUCCAAGAUAUUUUAUUAGUAACUUAUAAUGAUAAAACCAUUUACGUAUUAGAUCCACAAAAAAUGGGCGUCGUUCGAAAAUUUAAUACAACCCAAAGGAUUUUAGACGUUGCUACAAAUAGAGAUGAAAUUUUUAUAUUAGAAGAAAGUGGAAAUUUAAUUCGACUUGGUUAUAACCCUGAAUUAAUUAACAAUGAAUCUAUAUUUGGUUUACCAGUAAAUGUAUUUCCAACAACAAUGAAUAUUUUAGGAUUAACAUUAGAUGGAUGCACAAUAACACCGGGUAUUUCAGAAUUAGAUGGAAAUGAAACGACUAAAAUUAACACAGAGGAAGCAGUUGAAUGCACAGGGGAAGAAAAUUAUUUUGAUGAAUCCGAUUUACCAAUUAAACAAAAACGCGUUGAAUCUAUAAGUAAUAUGUACAGUAAAAUCUCUCAAGAAGAUUAUGAUGAUAAUAUAAUUUACAAGCACCAUAGAUACUCAAAAUCCUAUACAAAAAACGAAAAUGGUUAUUAUAAACGUUAUCAAGAAGGAACAAGUAAAACAAUUAAUUUAAGUGAAAGUUGUACGCCCAUUUUACCAGAUUUAAGAAGUCCCGAAUCAAUUAAAAAUGACAUAGAAACAAAGGAAAAAUUAAUAUCAGAUAUUUUAAAUUUUGAUAAAAUUAAAAUAAAUAUGAAGAAAGCUGAUGAAAAA